AUGUCGAAUCAAGAAAAUGGCAUGCCUGAAGAAAUGAAACCAUGGACAGAACUAAAAUUACCUGAUUUGUUGAGUAGUGAUGCCAUACGAGAACUUCAUGCAGCCAUUGAAAGCGAAUGGGAUUCCUCAAGGCGAUCAGCAUGCCAGAUAGCAGCUGGACGAGCGUUGUGGAAGCACGCGAUCCACGAUCCACUCGCAGAGCUGUUUGCAGGAGAGACAUACAUGAGAAGCAUCUAUGAAAAGAUUAAGAAAGAUCGGCUUAACAAUGCCAGAGAAAUUUCGGGAGUGAUUGUUGCUGUUCGAACCCUUUGGUUCGAUUCAAAGCUUGAGGCAGCUCUCAGUUCCUGUGGCGGUGGAGCAGCACAAGUUGUCCUCCUAGGUGCAGGAAUGGAUACAAGACCAUAUCGCCUAAGCUGCUUGAAAGAAAGCAGUGUUUUUGAGGUCGAUUAUGCAGAAGUUUUGCAAGUGAAAACCAAUAUUCUAGAGGCAGCGGCAAAUUCAAAGGAUGAACAUCAACAUCCAAUCAUGACAGCAAAAUCAGUGAGAAGAGUGGCAGCCGACCUGACAGAAGAUGACUGGCUUGAAAAGCUUCAAAUGUCAGGAUUUGAGCCAAAGAGGAAUACAGUCUGGGUUUUAGAGGGCAUCCUCUAUUAUCUCUCACAUUCUGAUGCCAUGAAGGUGCUAAAAAUUAUUGCAGACAAAUGCAAUCUUACCCGCACGGUGCUCUUAGCAGACUUCAUGAACAAGCAAGCAACCACACUAUCCAGCUCCGUCUUUAAAUUCUACAGUGAUUGGCCUGAUCAUUUACUGCCAUCUCUUGGAUUUUCCGAUGUGAAGCUUUCUCAGAUUGGAGAUCCAGAUGCCCAUUUUGGCCUGUUGCAAGAUCCACUAAAUUUGUUCAACAAGUUGCGCAAUUUGCCGAGAUCAAUUCAAACUCACCCAGAUGAUGGAACACCGUGCUGUCGCUUGUAUUUGUUACAGGCUUCUGGCUCACCCAAUCAAACCAUUUCAUGA